AUGACCAUCUCGUACUCGGGUAACUUUGUGCAGCUGCUCCUCCGAUGGAAGGGGUCGAUAUUUCGGAGUGUUUGGAAGGAGCUGCUCGUUUGGGUGACGCUGUACUACCUUGUACGCGUUUCAUACACGCACGCCAUACCCUGGGCCGAUCCGAAGGGUGCGCACAAGUACAGGGAGAACUUCAUCUCGGUCUGCCAGCAGUGCAACGAGUAUACAAAGUUGAUUCCACUCACGUUUCUCCUCGGAUUCUAUGUGUCGAAUGUGGUGUCGAGAUGGUGGCGCCAAUUCGAGUGCCUAUGCUGGCCGGAAGACCUGCUCUCAUUGUUAUGCUUCGUCGUGCCGGCCGACGAUAUGAAGCAGGCCAGGAAAAUCAGCCAAGGAUGCGUGUGGCUGACCCCCCUACACUGGGUCCAACAGAUCGUCUCGGAAACGGUGGCCGAAAGCGGUGCCCUGCCCGCCUACGUCAACAAUUUCAACCAGGAAGUGGUCUUUGACACGCUCUACCUUAUAACAACCGAGCUCAAAUCGUUCCGGAUCAGCUUCCGGCGGCUGUUCUGUCACGAUUGGGUGUGUGUGCCGUUAGUCUAUACGCAAGUAGCUGCUCUCGCCACGUACGCCUUUUUCUUCUUCUGCCUGUUCGGCCGGCAGACGAUCGUCGAGCCUGAAACGGUCGACUUCCGGUUCCCGAUCUUCACCGUCGUGCAAUUUCUCUUCUUCGUUGGGUGGUUCAAGGUGGGCCAAGAUCUGAUGCGACCGUUCGGGCUCGACGAUGAUGACAUUGAAUUGUCCUACAUUCUCGACCGCAACAUCUUGACGUCAUUUACGAUAGCUAACACGCUGCAGACGAGGUCACCACCCCCAUUUGAAGAAGAUCCCUACUGGAAGGCGCGCCACGACCCGAACGUCGCCGAUUCCUCAUUAAAGUACGGGCGAAUUGACUUGAGUCGCGCGAAUCACAAGCAUCCGCCCAAACUCCAUAUGCUCGCCGACCUGAAGACGGUCGAUAAGCAAUUUGUGCAACACCAAGUCGAAAACGGAUGUGCCCUGCACGACAAAAUGGAUAUGGUGGAGGAGAGGAAGCUGCUGUUCUGG